AGCCCAGUGCCUCUGCGUCUCAGGAGAGCCCAUCAUGGGGUGCCAGGCCGUGCUUCUCGCCGCGGCACUGGCCGCCCUCCUGGCCCCGGGGGCCGCAGCACCCGUCCCCAGGCAGGGCGCCCGGAGCAAGCUGCUCCUCGUGUCCUUCGACGGCUUCCGCUGGAACUACGACCAGGACGUGGACACCCCCCACCUCGACGCCAUGGCGCGCGACGGGGUGAAGGCCCGCUACAUGACCCCGCCCUUCGUCACCCUGACCAGCCCCUGCCACUUCACCCUGGUCACUGGCAAGCACAUCGAGAACCACGGGGUCGUCCACAACAUGUUCUACAACACGACCUCCAAGCUGAAGCUGCCGUACUACACCACGCUGGGGAUCCAGAGCUGGUGGGACAGCGGCAGUGUCCCCAUCUGGGUCACUGCCCAGAGACAGGGUUUGAGGACGGGCUCCUUCUUCUACCCCGGUGGGAACAUCACCUACCAGGGCGAGGCGGUGACGCUGAGCCGGAAGGAAGGCAUCCUGCACAACUAUAAGGAUGAGCAGGAGUGGAGGGCCAACGUCGACACCGUGAUGCGCUGGUUCACCGAGGACGGCCUGGACCUGGUCACGCUCUACUUCGGGGAGCCGGACUCCACGGGACACAAGUUCGGGCCCGAGUCUCAGGAGAGGAAAGACAUGGUGAUGCAGGUGGACCGGACCGUGGGCUACCUCCGCCAGAGCCUCGAGAGCCACGGCCUCGCCCACAGCCUCAACCUCAUCGUCACCUCUGACCACGGCAUGACCACGGUCAACAAGAAAGCCAGCGACCUGGUGGAGCUCCACACGUUCCCCAACUUCACCUUCAAGGACAUCGAGUUCGAGCUGCUCGACUACGGGCCCAACGGGAUGCUCCUGCCCAAGGAGGGGCUGCUGGAGACGGUGUACGCGGCCCUCAAGGACGCCCACCCCAAACUCCACGUCUACAAGAAGGAGGACUUCCCCAAGUCCUUCCACUACGCCAACCACUCCAGGAUCACCCCCCUGCUCAUGUACAGUGACCUCGGCUACGUCAUCCAUGGGAGGCUGAAUGUCCAGUUUAACAAUGGGGAGCACGGCUUCGACAACAGAGAAAUGGACAUGAAGACCAUCUUCCGGGCCGUGGGCCCCAAUUUCAAGAAGGGCCUGGAGGUGGAGCCCUUUGAGAGCAUCCAUGUCUACGAGCUGAUGUGCCAGCUGCUGGGCAUUGUGCCCGAGGCCAAUGACGGGGACCUCAGCACCCUGCUGCCUGUGCUCCGCUCAGGGUCUGCUCUCCAGGCCAGUGGCCGGCCCCCCUUGGUGAUGGGAAUGCUGGUGGCUGGGACACUUCUGGCCAAGAUACGUUAGUGCCCCUCAGCUCAAGGUCAGAGGCCCGGGACAAGGAGGGGGUGGCGCUCC